GGAGACGCAAAUGUCGGAAGUAAAUCCCACUGCUCACCGUUGUUGUUUUACCUGCUCUUACUAAACGUUAAAACACUUUUAUCUCUUUUCUUUUCUGCUUUUGUUUCUGAGCCGUGCUCGACCUGCUGACAAGGUAGUAAAACUCCAUGAGUCGCAGUCGGAACCCAAACCCUCCCCGGGGUCAAGGGGCAGCGAGAGCCAAACAGAUGGGGCUGCUGCUUGACCUGUCUCCAGAUGGAGGGAUGGAUGAUGAUGGGAAUGAUGAAGAGCUGGAAGCAGAGCUGCUCAAUCUGAUGGGAGGUGGAGGAGGAAGAUCACAAGGGAAGAAGGGUGAAGGCAGAGUUCCUGUUCCCAUGACUGAAAUAGAGCGGAUGGCAGCUCUUUGUAUGAAAGACCUGGAUGCUGACGAUAUCGGGGAUGAAGAUUUGGAUGAUGAAGAUUUGCUGGCAGAAUUGAAUGAGGUUUUGGAGGAAGAUGAAGAUCAAACUCCUGCUCCCACCCCUCCCGCCAUCACGCCGACUGCUCCAAAAGUGAGCGUCACAUCCCACGCUGCUCCUCCUGCUGCUCCCAGUGGUGCAACUGGGGUGGAGUCCCUCCUAUCUGAACGCAUUGAAAUGUAUAAGACUGCCAUUUCUAAUGCCAAGGCUGCGGGGGAGACUAGCAAAGUCCGAAGAUAUGACCGUGGGUUAAAGACAUUACUGUCCAUGUUAACAUCUGUCAAGAGAGGAAAACCAGUCAAUGAAGAGGAGAUCCCACCUCCUGUCGCUCUCGGCGGAAAGCCCAACGUCGCAGCGGAGCCCGAACCGAUCAAGGAACGGCCAGAGCCCACGCUGAUGCCCUCCCCUCCUACCAAUCAGAAACCUUUGAGGGAGGCUUCGCCAACAGCUCCUAAUAAUAGGCCGCUCCAUCUGACCCCACCUCAAAAGCCUGCUGCUGCCAUCACCCCAGAUACACCUGCCAUCUCUCCACUCACCCCCAGCCAGCCUGACGCACAGCACUCAGAGCUGAAACAGGCCGUGCUGUCCAGACAGAGGGAGUAUAAGAUGGCUGCCAUACACGCCAAACAGAGCGGCGACAUUGACCAGGCCAAACAACACUACCUCACUGCCAAGAAGCUGGACACACUGGUGGAGGCACUGGACAGAGGCCAACCAAUAGAGCUGAGCUCACUGCCGCCACCUCCUGGAGACGUAGUAGCAGAGCACCGUGCACCUCCUCAGUCUUCCUCUAAACCAGCUGCCCCCGCUGCCCCCGCUGCCUCUGCUGCUCCCGCUGCUGCUGCACCCGCUCAGGUGGUCCCUGCCAACCUGCCUGCUCCUAGCAGUUUGGCAGAAGCCCUGCAGCAGAGGAUGGACAUAUACAAAUCAGCAGCAGAGGGAGCCAAGAGCAAAGGAGAUGACCGAAAAGCCCGCAUGCACCAGCGCAUUGUCAAGCAAUACCAGGAUGCUAUCAGAGCUCACAAAGCCGGACGACCUGUCAGCUUGUCUGAUCUACCUGUGCCUCCAGGCUGUCCACCACUCCAGGGCUCGGAGGGGGGUCAGCAGACCUUCAUGGGUGUCCUGGAAACAGCUAUGAAAAUAGCUAAUCAGGACGCAGACGCAGAAGAUGAAGAAGAGGACAGUCCAAGAGAGGCUGCCAAGCCAGCAGCGCGUCCACCCUCCCAGACAGCGAAAUCUCCAGCUCCUCAGGCCCCUCGAGGCUCCUCAGCUCUAAAACUGGGACUUAAAGGCCAGCAGCAAGUGGAUUACUUGUUGCUAAGACGACAGGCUUUUUUGCGUGCAGCACUGCGCUCCAAACAGAUGAAGGACAUGACAGGAGCAGCGCAGCACCUCAGAAACGCCAAAGGACUUGACCCCAUGAUCACUGCUGCCAAAUCUGGCCUACCUGUUGAUAUCACCAAGAUCCCCAACGCUCCAGUCAGUGAGGAUGACUAUUCCCUGACUCGUUCCCGUUCCUCCCCUCUCUCCCCUCGCUCCAGUGAGCAGUACCGCGGUCUCAUGGAUCUUGUGCGGAAUCAGCAUGAGAAAUGCCUGAACUACUCUCAGCAGACCGUAAAGACGGGCAGUGUGGCUGAGGCUCUAAAGUGUGAGAAGCUAGUCGAGGAGUCUUUGAAGAACAUUGAGAUACUGAAGAACGCCCACGCCAAGGGCCAUCCUGUCCCCAAGUGCCGCACUGAGGAGAGGACCUUCAACACCGCCAAGAUCUACCCCAACCUGACACUUAAUGACCUGGUAUUGUACAUCAUCAAAGGCAUCAACCUGCCAGCGCCUGCAGGUGUCUCACCUAACGAUCUGGAUGCAAGUGUGAAGUUCGAGUUUCCUUUUCCCAGUUCGGAGGAGGCACAGAGGGACAAAACCAGCACAGUAAAGAACACAAACAGUCCAGAAUUCAAAGAGCAGUUCAAACUGAACAUCAACCGGACGCACAGAGGCUUUAAACGAGUCGUGCAGUCCAAAGGCGUCAAGUUUGAAAUCAUCCACAAGGGAGGCCUCUUUAAAACAGACAAAGUAGUGGGCACAGCUCACCUGAAGCUAGACGCUCUAGAAAACCACUGUGACAUCAGAGAGAUCAUAGAGGUGAUGGAUGGACGUAAACCCACGGGUGGCAAGCUGGAGGUGAAGGUGAAGGUCAGAGAGCCUUUAUCAUCAGUCGAUCUCCAGCCGGUGACGGAGAAGUGGCUGGUUCUUGAACCGGUCUCCCCCCUUUCUCCUCCAGAGAGGCAAAAGGAUCGGGCUCCAUCUCCUCGAUCUAAACCCAGACAUGAAGCAAGCAGCCGGAGCGGUCAUCCCAACAACUCUCCUCCGCAGUACAAACUCCACAGCUUCAGUCUCCUCAACUACGACAGGGAGCGGCUGGAGAGAAAGAUUGCAGAGUACCGAAAGAACCGACGGGAUCCCACACCUGACCUCAUCCAUCAACACCAUGAGGUCACACACAGACUGCAGUGGCAGAAAGCACAGCUGGAGCGAGGCUCUCCUGCUCUACUAACAGAGUAUGAAAAUGUUCUACGGCGCUUCACCCAAGGUCUGGCUGAUUCGGUGAAGAAAUUCUCGAGCCAAGGCAACAGGGAAGCUGCCAAGGAUGCUCUGGGCAGGUUGAAGAUGGUAGAGAAUGAGCUGGAAUCACUGACAAGGAAACGUACCGGAUGAGAGGAGCGUAGAGAGCAGAGACUUGGCUGGAGUACUGUUAUAUCAUUUCUGUCUCUCACAUACACACGCAUAUACAAACACUACAGCCAGUACUUUAAGCACCUUUAGUAUGAUUCUAUGCUGCUUAUGUCCAUGACAGCUGCAUGAAACUACCUGCUAAUUCUGUCUGUUGACCAUACAACUUAACAUGUGGCACUUGUGGUUUGUUGCCAGCCACAAUAAUUAAAACAAAUCUGCAACUACAAAGGGACACAAAAAUGAAAGCAAGCAUUAAAACGUGUUAAAAAGCAAAGGGAGACGCAGGAUUAUUUGCACUUAAACAAGACGAGCAAUGCAGAAAACUGCUGCUUUAUAGAGUUUUCCUUUACUUUGUUAACUGCUUUCUUCUAUUCCCAUUUUUCCUUUGAGAGUUGUUGGUGAAGAGAUCUGUCAGAAGAUUUUACAUUUGACAGUCUUUUGGUGUCUGUAGGUGACCAAAAAUAUGUGUGCGUGUGUGUGUUUGUGUAUAUGCUCUGAAGUGUAUUUAACCAAUGGACUGAGGUGUUUUUAACCCCUUUUCCCAUAUUUUAUGUGUGUAAUGAGCUUAAUCUAAUCUGUCUGCUCCAGUGUUCCCAGAUUACAGUAAUCUGCUCCAUUUGGAGUGGUGUGAUAUGGGAAUAAAAAAACGGGGCUUUGGGGCGCAGCAGCCUACAUCCCAUAAUGAGGGAUUAGUGUUUUUGUGUCACCAAGGAGACGACUAGAUCAGACAUAGAGUCGCCUUUGGGGUUGGGGAGGGGAGGUGUUAACAGCGUGCAAUGAAUGUGGUGAAAGCUUAGCUCUGCUAAAGGAUUGCUUCUUCUUCUUCUUCAUCAGCUAUUUCCUCUUUGUUGUCUUCUUCAUCUUCACUUUCUUCACACUAAUUCCUUUACAUAUAUUCAGAGAUUAUUCAGAGUCUCCAGUAAUAGGCUGCCCUGUAUGGAUUUUCUCUAAACUCUUGAACAAUGUGGUGAAUUGUGCUGUCAAUUAGAAAAUAAUUAACAGCAGCAUCAUCAGUGCAGCAUUUUCCAGGUUGAUCUAUGAGGUUUAAUAAAACAGAUUCUGUCCCACUGAGCUCUCAAAUGGCAGCACAGUGGGCACUGAACAGUCUGCCCACAGGAAGAUAACCCAAUAUGUUUCAGUAUAGCUGGCUAAUUGCUCAUUUCUAUUUCUGUUCCCCCAUAGACAUCCCUGUCACUCCUCUCUACCUGAUACUUUAAUGACUGUGCAGUCAAAGGACAAAAUUCAGGUCCAGUAAAACUUUUUUAAGAAGUGGAUUCCAGCUGAGGCACCUUGAAAUUCAUAAAUCACCACAACAGCAGCAAAUGUACAAAAACAGACACAUGUGCUCUGUUUCAUACUCUGGACAGAUGUUUGUUCUCAGUGUUUGACAACCUGACAGUAGAUUGUGUCGAUGUGGAUCCUUGUUGAUUGCAAACAGCCAAGAUGUAGCAGGCUAUAUAAAAUGAGCCUUACUGCCUAUUUGACCCUUGAAUGUGGACGAUGUCCGUUAACUCCACUAAUAGUUUUUUUUUUUUGUCACGUGACAGAGCAGAGAAUCAUGUGUUUGUCCUAAUCCACCCACUGCCUCACUCCAUUAGCAAAUAAUCCUGGUUAAAGUUGACCUGAUAUGGCCCUCCAUAGUCUGUGGUGAAUUUAUGUAACACCCCUCCCCCUGUUUUCUUUAUCAUAAGAGGAUAUCUUCUGACUCUUUGUAAGUGCUACAUUUUGGUGCUUUGACCAGAUGAUUUUUAUUGAGUGGAAGGACAGAUUUUUCUUACAGGGAAAUAUAAACCGUUAUCUUAAUAUGAGAGGAAAUUUAACAAACCAUAUCUGUGUCUUUGAAGCUUUUAGCUCCUAAACUGUAAAUCGUUUACACUUAAUAUUUUGUUGACAAUUUUUCAAUUCACGCAAUAUUGUUUCAUAUUUCUUUGUAUGUAUUUUUCCUACUGUUCCAGGCAGCCAUUUUCUUCCAUUCAUUUCCACGCGCUAAUCAAUUAGCAGACUUUUGACUCUGAGUUUGAGCCAAACAUUUGGCUCUUCGAGUUGUGUAAUCAAUCUGUCAGUCAUGGCUGCUUUAAUGUUUGUCAGUACUGUAUUAUGCAGUUUAAUGCAGAUUUAUUUGCAAAGCUCUGCAGUUACAAUAAAUAUUAAGAGAAUGUAACUGACAAAAAUGAUGCCGACACAUAUUCCAUCACCAGUCCACUAAUUACACCACAGACACUACAGUUUGGAAACUAAUGGCUACGAUAAAAACGGCACAAAAUAUUAUUACUAUUGUUGCAAUUAACAAUUGCUUUUUAGUUGUUUUUUUUAAACCUUUCAAUUUCUUUAAACACACGAGGGCAUCUUCAGAUUGCUUUUUUUCCCUCUCAAGACGAGCAGUUUAAAAACCCAAAAUAUUCAGACAGAGACAAAGAGAACCAACGAAUCCUUACACUUUAGAAGCAGUGGCCAGACAAUGUUUGGUAUUAUUGCUUUAAAAAAAUGACCAUUUAGUAAUUGAUUAUCAUUAACACUUGUUUUCUCUUUACUGACAAAUCAAUUAAUUGAUGAAUUAACAUUUUUAUAAUACAGCAACAUGGUUUGCAGCUGUGAAGUAAACAGUGAUUUGUAGUAAAAGGACUAAAAAUGUAAAACCACUGGUAUGAAGCAUAAGAAAUCCAAAUCUGAUUUGAACUUAAAUCAAUUAAAAACUGACUGCCACUGCGUAGCUCUGAUAUUACUCUGGGUUGCAGCACUCGCACUAAAAGCACGCACACAAACUGAAACUAUACAGCACUCCUUUCAUUCACCCCAAAGCUUUAACCCGGCAUCACCUUAGACACACUAACGCACACAAACACUCCUGUCACAUCACCCCACUCCUCCAGUAACCUCCUGGCCUUUGAGGCUGUCCUGUUGUCAUGGAGACAAGGUCAUCAGCAUUCAGUGUGGUAGUUGGGUGGUCAGUGCCGGGCAGGGACAUAUUGUUAAAGUUUGUCCUGCUGGUGACUCACACUCCUCUCCCGCAUAUACAACAUACCACACACACACACUCCCUCUCUCUUUUUAAAAAAAAUCCUUCUCUGUAUCUGGCUGCACUCCAUUUAAAAAGGAGAAAGUUUGGUGGUUUGUUGAUCAUUACUGUUGAUAUUUCUGUCCGGUUCAGCUGCAGUAAAAUUAUUCUUCUGGGCUUGGGAGUAUACUAUUGUUUAAUCUUUGACAUUUUUUAAAUCUGUUGAGUCAUGUAAGGGCAAUCAAUAUAAAUGUCAUAUUUAUAUGCAGUACAUAACAAGCAUCAUAUGCUCUGUCUCUAUUUUUAAGUGUAAGUCAUGAUGAUUUGUGCAGCUCAAAGUGGGAAUGUAUGAAGGCCUGAUUAUUUAGGCUUUA